GUGUGUAUGCUCCCCUUGUAGGAACGCAGCACAUCAAUAUAUAACUGUACAGGUAUACCAUAUAUAUAUAUGAUACCUGUGGUCGGAUAUCAGCACGAACCUCCGACAUCAAACUAUAAAGACGUAAGGGAAACUGAUAGAAUAUGAUUGUGUAUUCGUGUAUACCUGUGUGUGCCGCUUGAUUAAAACCCACCCAGGGUACUUAUUGAGCUGUUGGAUCAAAGGAAUAAGACAUUUAACUAAUAAACCAAGCCCAGCUACCGUUGGAGUUCUGCAUGAAUCAUGGCACACUGGAGUUUAAACCCACAACAACUAAUGGAAUUUAAACCCCAGCGUAUUACGUACAGGAUAUCGAUCUGAGUCGGAGCGGAAGUCGUGGGGACCGAUUCAUACGGAAGAGUGUGACAGGGUAUAAGGAGCUCGGGACAGACCGAUCAGGGACACACUAUGGAGGGGCCUACGUACACCUGAGGGUCGGGAUUAUCUUACCCAGGGCCGGGACACACUCGCCAUGGCCCAAGCGAAAUAUAUCGGGACUGAAAAGGGGGCAUCGCCAGCUCUGGAUGGCCCAAACUUCGUGGAAGGACAAGACGAGAUGAGCGGGAUUCCCCAUCUACAUUUCUCCUUCGCCAUUCAUUCUUUUAUCCCACGUCGUUUCCUAGAAGUUCAAUUCGCUAUAAAGACAGCGACGGUAUUCGGCUGUUUUGGGGAAGGCAUGCGACUGCCGUCCAUCGUCCACCAGAGAAAUGAUGGGAUCUUCGUCAAAAAGAAGUUCUGCAAAGACCCGGAUGUUUUGUUUUAUCAUACUAAGGAUGUUGUACUGGGAUUUCCCGGAUCCAUCGAACCAGACAAUAGUAACUAUGUGAUAUCGACGGAGAGCGUCCAUAUAGGUUACUGUCUACUCAAGGUCCUAGAUAAUGGCAAUAAUGUAGCACACUUAGACUUGCAAGUAAAUAAGAAGGGAGUUACCUACCUCAGUAGUGCCAAGUCAAAGAAGAAGUUCGAGCAGAGACUAAAAGUAAAUAAAAAAGCAAUAGAAUCUAUGUUAGACAUGCUGAUGAAUCAAGGAAGUAAUAGACUUGACAUGAAAUUCAGUGACGUGUUUUCCGGCGUUCCGGAAAAAUCGUUAGACCUAGGCAACCGUCCCCAUACAACAAUGGGACUGCGCGGGAUGUUAGCCAGUACGAGACAGGACCGAGAUAGUCAGAAAAAGGCAGAACAGGAGAGUGGCCUUAUCAAUGAGGUGGAGUCUGAUGAGGUCGGGCACGAACUUGCAUUUCCGUUUCCAGAAUGGCCCCCGAUGGCUGGAGAAUUUGUUACCCGGAAACGUCCUAAUAACUGGCCUUCAAAGGGCACGGUGGAUAAAGUGCUUGCAAUGGGAAUCCAUAUUGUUCCCAUGGCCAACGGAGCCUCUACUGAUGCCGACAUCGAGUGGCGAAUGUCGUUCAUAGCGGCAGAAAAGAAACUUAUUCUGGAGGAGUUGGACGAUUCGCAAAGACAGUGCUAUCUACUCACGUAUCUUCUUUGUCUACACACAUUCUCGGAGGGACUCAUCCUGCCGUGUCACUUGAAGGCUGCAUUUCUCUACACGUGCGAAGAAAUCGACCCCCGGAUGUGGCACAGAAAUCCUGCGCACAGUUGCUUUCUCGUCUUUGAUAGGAUUAUUGAGGGUGUACGGCAGAAAAAUCUUCCUUGCUAUUUCAUCAAAAAGAAUAAUAUGAUCGACCACCUAACUGAUCUUCAGUUUUCUCAAUUAGAACGCCGAUUAAUGACCAUACGCAAGAAACCAGUUGUUGAGCUACUGUCAUUGGCGGAUAACUACACGCUCCUUGAUGUGUUUCCCUAUAACCUUGACGUAAAGCGCGUAUUUGCUCCGGUCAUGGGGGACGCCAAGAAGUACGAGGGCAAGUCACAAGCACUGGAAGCGGUAGAAGUGUUCAUUAAGACCUCAAACACGAUAAGUAAUGGAUUCUACCAUGAGUUUGGAUAUGAUCACUGUGCAUCCAUUCUAGACGAUGUAGUUGACUACAUUGUCGAACCCGUGCUUGGACAUAAAGAGGCGGAAAAACAACGCGAGUACAUUCCUCACCUCCUCAACCAGAGGAACAUCGAAUUUAGCAACGACAUUUCUCCCAGCGAGAUAUGGAAACCCAUUACCUUCAGUCGAUACCUGAUCCGUAGGUACGUGGAGGGAGAUACCGGUUCGGGGCUAUUCGAACAUCUUGCAUGCUUGUAUCAUGCCGCUGCUAACAUAUUUAAAGAAAACAGAGUCCCGCUUCUUCGCGAAGCUGAUGAAAUGUUUCAACAAGCACUUAAUCGCAAAGGUGAAGGUCACGGGCCUGGAAUGUUUGUUGAAUAUGCACAGUUUCUGUGUUCUUCUGGGCGACACGAGGAAGCCGUUCCUCAUCUGAUGACAGUAUUAUCGAGUGAGUGCGAAAACCCAACGUGCGCGAAUUACUAUGGACAGAUGGAAAUAUACGUCGUAGACGACUUUGUCAGGAAGGAGAUUGAGGUCAGAGGCUACGUGGAGGUACUUUCAAUCGUGUACGCCUACUAUCUGCUCGUCGACUGCUUUGUUCAGUUGAAGAAGCAGAAAGGCAUGUCCGGUUUAGUCAAUGACUUUGAACAACUUUGUGAGCGACUGAAGGACUCCAUGGCAUUUUCCUUAUUUGGGUAUGCUAUGAAGAAGGCGGGUGACAACAGUCGUGCAGGGAAGGCCUUCAGGAAAGCGGUUGAUCUGGAGCCCUCAAACAAACUGGCCAAAGUUCAGAUCUCAGAAAAACCGGAAGCAACAGGAAGUGACGUCGUUAAGAAAACUGGAAACGGUGUAAAAUUAGUUAAAGCCAGUGCAAACGGCGGAGACAAAACAGAAAGCGGUAGCGGAGGUAGUUCUAAAAAGAGUUCAGGAAGUGACGAAGGCAAAUCAAAAGCUGGCUCAUUGAAAAAAGGAGGAAGUCGAAAAGGCAAACAAAAAUGACGUAAUUAAUGAGAGUUGAGGUCCUGUUCUAACGUGAUAAAUGUUAGAAUUGUUCCCUGCCUGCAGUUUAGAUAAAACGCCAAUACUCUCCUAUACCUCAUACAGUCCAAUGUUUUAUUUGUAGCUACAAAUGAAAUACAAUUUUUCGUAUAGGACAACAAUUGAAUUUUAGAAUUUUGACUGUAAGUGUCAUUAAAUAAAAUAAAAAAGCACAACUUUUGAAUGGCACAGUAAAACGUUGGCCAUUAAAACGUUGUGCCAAAAAUAAAUAUUUAAUGAACUUUUUUAGUCCUAAAGUCUGUUAAAAUAACUGGAGGUGUGAGAGUGUAUAAAAGGACUGAUGUGGUUAUUUGAAUGUUUGAUUUUGCCAAAGGAAAAUGCUGAUUUGCUGAAAGUUGGAAAAGAAGAACAUCAAAGUGAAAGAAUAUGUAAUUCCAAAAAUCGAUUAGCUGUGAUGAAUUCAAUGGUCAUAUACGCCAAAGUAGCACGCGUAAAAACUGCGUCACGAAAGAAACCAAUGACUUCUCAAUAAGAGGAACUUUCUGUUUGGAAGCAAUGCUCUCAUAGACAUGGGCGAUAAACAUGUACUUCGGCUGAGUCUGUGGCGUUGUCGUUGUGACAUCUCGGGAGAUAGUAUUACAUGGUUAUGUACUAACAUUAACAGGAAGAAAUGAUGUAUUUGUACAUAAUAUUUCUCUAAACCGCCUGUACUUACAACGGCUAUUUUGUUUAUAAACAAUCCGUGAUUACGUCACGUGGUGAACUAAAACAUGGUAAGAGAAAGGCUUGCAGUUAGGUUAUAGUGGUAUAGAUUUUAUAACACAUGUAUUAUAACCCAUUAGGUCAGGGUGAAUUUAUCGCUUGUAAGCUUAGGUAUUUAUUGACACUGUUGAUCAUAUGAGACGUGUUAUCCUCCCUGAUUCCAGGAUACCUGUCCCACUGCAGGUAAAACACUACGGUUCUACUGUGGUUUUACGCAUUAACAGUUACCUCCCCUUAGAUUCGUAUUGGCAAAGGCUGUACCGUAAUUUGGCAAAGGCACAUCUGUUGAACAUGUAUCUUAGUUGCUUACAGUGACAGUAUAGCACUUUGUGGUCCAGGGUUCGAAACCCUCUGCAUUUUUACACUCAGAACACUGUUAUGGAUUUUCUUCUGUCUGUUUCAUCUUAAACAGGAUUUUCUUCAUAAAAGUCCCCGUAACGUAUAGAUGUCUGUCCAGAAUUGAAUUAUUAAAAACGUAAAGUUACAGUUAUUGGCAGUGAUGCUGGUAUACUAUACGGUAUACCCCUUUUCACAUUAAGUAUUUCAGUUCGUCAGUCUAAAUUGAAAACGAAGUUAUGUACAUUGCAUUUAUAUUAACAUAUAUAUAAUAUUAUAACAUAUAGCAAUGUCAUUAUGCAAAAUGUGUUAAUUAUUAUUAACAAGUGCAAUGCUCAUAUAUCCUUAAUACGUUGUAGUUUCAUAUCACGUGACGAAUUGAAGAGGACCAUUGUCUACAUUGACCUUGCUCAUACAGAAAUCAAUUUAAACUUCCUAUGUAAGGCUACACUGAAAAUAUGGAGGGAAAGUGUAUUGUCAAGAUUAUAAUCGUCAUUUUUUUUUCUCCCCGGACAGAAGACUUUAAUGUUUAACUUGAUUUCCAUAAUAAAAAAAAAUGCUUAAAAUUAGCAAAAAGGGAAAAAUCCUGUAUGAUUUUAUACAAACUAUCCUGUCGAUUUAUCAUGCCACUUAACCUUGGAACAACUGUUAAAUUCUUAGUCGAGACCUACGUUUCCUAAAGUUUAACACAUGAUUAACAAUUACUGAGUUUUAUGAUAAAUAAUUGAAUUAACGCAAAUCCUUUCAAUAAAAAAUCUAAGUAUCUGGAUGGGUAUUAUUUUCUUGCUAAAAAACAUCACAUGCAAACCAAUCUGUUAAAACCAUCUAAUACAAGGCUUUCUGUACUACGCACCAUGCUUGUUACGUAGUUAACAAAGCCAGGAUGAUUUUAAUCAGAUUUCAUGCAAAUUAUCAUGUUUUGACAAUAAUUGCCAGAUUGUAAUAGUUUUGUUGCAAUUCAUUUUUAUAUUUUAUGCGUGUGUUUUGCGUGAGCUGGAAGUUGCGUUCGCUUUUUUGUUAAUAUUUAAUUUAUUCUGAGAUGUUUCAUCCACAUUAAAAUUUUCAAAUA